CGGUGCUUUGCCGGUCCGGAGAUAACUGGAAAUGGCUCGUAUAAAUAGGGUGCGUAUUCGUAGCAUCGUAGCCUCGCACUCCGCUUCGUACAAUUCGCAACAUUCGCAUUCUGUUCGUACAUUGAAACAUAUUAACAACGUCUGAAUUAUCAUUGGUCGAUUUUGUUAAUGUCUCGGGCAGCAGCGCGCUAGCAACAAGCGACAUGUGAAAUUAUUAUGAUGAUCGCCAGAUUCUGCGCGAUUGUGUAGUAUGCCAACGCCUACCUUGGAAUACGCUUGCGUAAUUUGGGGCUUCAGUUGGGGAAAGGAGGUUCAUGUAGAUAUUCAGAUUUACUUAAAUUAACUACCCUCCUCGUGCUUCUGGAAAACUUAUGUGACAUCCGCUGAUCGUCGUUGGCCCGUGUACUACCUGCCUACUCAAAACAUAUAGCUGCAAGAUACUAUUUUGAACUAUUACAACAUGAAGCUCACUGCCCUUCCCAUCGUCUUCGGUGUUGCAUUAGCAACAAAACCAACAUAUGUUAAAACCAUCGCUUCUGUUCCUACUGCCGCAGCUUCUGGUUACAAUGCCGCUCCAAGUGGUCACCCCUGGAUAGCUCCUGGGCCGAACGACUUCCGUGGCCCUUGUCCCAUGUUGAAUACCCUAGCGAACCACGGCUUUCUACCUCACGAUGGCAAAAAUAUUACUCAAAAUAUUACGAUUAACGCGUUGGGCUCGGCACUCAACUUUAACGAGUCUCUUGCCACGCUCAUGUUCCAAAUGGCGACUAUCGCAAACCCAGAGCCUAAUGCCACAUUCUUCACCCUUGACCAGUUAAACGUACACAACGUCUUGGAGCAUGACGCAAGUCUGAGCCGUUCCGAUGCCUACUUCGGAAACAACCACAUCUUUAACGAGACCGUCUUCUCGGAAACGCUGAAAUACUGGACCGCCCCUAUCCUCGAUGCCAACAUGAUCGCCAACAGCAAGGUGGCCCGCCAGGUCACCUCUAGGGCAACCAACCCUAACUAUACAUUCACAUCCAGGAUGAACGACUUCAGCUUGGGAGAAGUCAUUGCUCCUUUUGUAGCUUUCGGCGACGUUCAGGCUGCGAAGGUGAACCGAACUCUGGUCGAAUACUGGAUCCGAAAUGAGCGCCUCCCCACCGAAUUGGGAUGGAGCAAGCAGACUGUGGCCAUCACUCUAGACACCAUUUCGCACUUGGUAGGAAUCAUGACCAACGCUACGUUACUCCAGACCACAGGCACGCCAGUCGUCGGCAAACGUGCAGAUCUCCACGCUGGAGUUGGGUUUUAGGCGAGAGUGGUAAAAUGCUUGCUAACAGUAUCACCUGCCUAAGCUGUAGUUAGGCUGUUGAGGUAUAUGCUUUAUAUGCCUUAGACCAGGGAUUAGCUGCGACUAGAGUUCUUUUAGAGACUGUUGCAGGUUAUGGAUGUACUUGUUUAAUACUGUGUUAUUUGUUGAAGAUAGAUCUUAUGAGUAUAUAUUCACUCCUACAUACGUAGACAGCUUUUUAUUGAAUUGCUUCUACAUUCCAGGUUUACAUGAACAACCCGCCUACACCAUUUACACCAUGAUUAAGCCGGUUUGGUAGCCUCUUGAUUUAGAUAUAUGAAU